UCACUGGCCGAGUUAAAGGGAUUUAGAGAUAGUGGGCGAGUUUCUACCGGUGCCGUUGCUGGGGGAAUGUUAAGGGAGGUAUGUAGCCUUUUAUGGGAAUGUGGCUGUAGUUUCUGGAUGAGAGUGGUUCUUGAACUAGGUCGCCUUCCAUCUGUUUGUAGAAAUGUAAAAACGAGCAAGGAUUAUGAGUUGUGCUAUUAAUUCAAUGGUGAUGGUUAUCACACCGGUGGGACGGUUGAGUAUACCGGUCAUGAAACCGGCUGGAAUACCAUUAGUAUGACCUCAUUUGGAGAAGCUUGCUAGCGCCCUCCAGACCACCACGUCGCUCCUUCAUGUACUCGUCAUUUCUCACCGUUGCUGCACUCAAGUUUAGAUUUUGGCUUUGGCAUACGUUUCUUUUCAACAGAAACACAUUGUUGCUUGAAAUUGGCGUAUGUGUGAGUAUUCUUAUCCCAUUUUCCCCAGUAGUUUCUUAGUUGAUAUGUAAGUGUCUUGUCUCAUCCUUCUGAUUUGUUAUUUUUCACGAAGGAGUAGAAUACAAUGCAACAGCUGAAUCUAACCAGAUAAAUUGGCAGUUCGAUUUCAUGAUUAACAGAUGGUGGACGGCAAAUGAUACUUUUUCUCUUAGCUAAAACACGAAUUUGACUGAAGACGGAUAUUAAUUCUAUUGAAAACUCAGGAAUGUAUUAUUUUAUUGAUAAUGAAAGCUUUCUCCCUCAUCAGUCUUGUCUCAUCCUCGUGACUUCAUAUGCUUUACAGGAAGGACAGGAAUAUAUUGCAACAGCUCAGCCUAACCACACAAAAUGACAGAUCUAUUUUAUGAUUAAGAGACAGGGGGCAGCAGCUGAUACUUUUUCCCUUAGCUAAAAUCAAGAAUUUGACUGAAGACUGACUCAUUCUAUUGGGAACUCAGGAGAAUUCUCCAAUGAAGAAUUCCGUGAAAACAGGAAAGAUUAGCUUCAAAAGAGUUGAGACACAUUGCGUCUGUUACUAGCAAUGCUUGUAUAUGGUAUACUUGCUGCGAGUUUGAGCCUUCCCAACUAAUAACCCUUAAUUCAAUGACUGCUGUCUCAGCUCUUCUUGUCUGCUUGUGCUGCAUGUACUUCAACCAUGUAACUUCUAGUGAAGGCUGUUGUCAAGAUGAAAGGGAAGCCCUUUUGAAGUUCAAGGAUGAUCUUGAAGACCCUACAAGCUUUCUAUCAUCUUGGGUUGGCCAGGAUCCCUGUACAUGGUCCAGUGUUGUAUGUGAUAAUUUUACCGGCCAUGUCACUGAGCUCCAUCUUGGAUGGCCUUCUUCCAGGGACGUCUCGGCGUUUAGCGGUAAGCUAAAUCCUUCAUUGCUUCAGCUGAAGUAUCUCAGUUAUUUGGACCUGUCAAACAAUCGUUUCCAAGGGAUUCCCAUACCGAGUUUUCUUGGCUCUAUGAGUAGUUUAAAGCACCUCUACCUUGAUGGAGCUGGAUUUGGAGGAGUCAUUCCUCAUCAACUGGGAAACCUCUCAAAUCUGCAUCAACUUGGCCUGCAGGCUGCCACGCGUUAUGUGUUAUAUGCCGAUAGUUUGAAGUGGCUUUCUGGUAUGUCUUCACUACGGUACCUUGAUUUUAGUGAUGUCGAUCUUAGUGAUGCUUCUGACUGGUUGAACAUGAUAAACACACUCCCAUCUCUUUCAGAAUUGUAUCUAUCAAACUGUCGUAUCCGUCAUAUCCCUCCCCUCAAGAAUUUGAACAUGUCUUCGUUGUCUGCUCUUAGUUUGCGGCAAAAUCAUUUUGAUCAAACUUCUGUUCCUAGUUGGGUUUUUCAUCUUCACAGCCUUACUUACUUGAAUCUGGGAAUCAACUCUUUUGAUGGUCCAAUUCCUGACGAGCUUCAAAACCUUACUUCAUUGAGGACCCUUGCAUUGUACUCCAACCGAUUCAGUCAUUCAAUACCAAACUGGUUGUAUAGAUUAAGUCAUCUAGAGACACUCGAUCUUUAUGGUAAUCAUUUGGACGGUGAAGUCUCAACUGCUGGCAUUGGAAACUUGUCUUCUCUUGUUGACCUUGAUUUGUCCGUCAAUCAUGGCCUCGAAUUUGAGAGGGGAAUUCCAGAGUCAUUCAAAAGCUUCUGCCGUUUGAGGUCGCUUUCUCUGCAAAAGGUAAAGCUGAAUCAAAAAGUAUCAGAGUUGUUUGAAAUCCUUGGAGAAUGUGCUAAUUCUUUACAGGAAUUGAUGUUGGAUAGUUGUCAACUGUCUGGUCAGUUGACCAGUUGUAUUGGAAAUUUCAAGAAACUUCACCGUCUCGUCCUCGGAAAUAAUUCCAUUUCUGGUUCACUUCCAAUGUCAUUCGGAGAAAUGACUUCCUUGAUUUAUGUUGACCUUUCAAGAAAUAACAUCAGUGGGACAAUUCCAACAAGUUUUGGGGCAUUGGCACAGCUGACUUAUGUGGAUAUCUCUCAGAACUCAUUGCAUGGUGUUGUUUACCCUGAAAUUCACUUUGCCAACCUCAGAAAGCUGUCUUGCUUGUAUGCAUCUGGAAACAAGAUGGUGAUGAAAGCUAAGCCAGAUUGGGUUCCUUACAACCUACUUGAAGACUUGGACCUAGAAUCCUGGUAUGUUGGACCUGGAUUUCCUCAUUGGCUCAAGAGUUUGCAGCAUCUCAAGUCUCUUGACCUAUCAAACUCUAGAAUUUCAGAACCCAUUCCUGGCUGGUUCUGGAGCAUAUCAUCUCAGUUCUACUAUUUGAAUUUUUCUCGCAACCAAAUCCCUGGAAGGCUCCCACAUGUCAUACCUGUAGUUCUCACUGUAUCAUACUUUGAUUUCAGCUCCAAUUGCUUGGAAGGUCCUCUGCCUACCAUCUCAUCCAACUUGACAUUUGUUGACCUUUCCAAAAAUCUGCUUUCUGGAAACUUGUUCAAGUUCUUGUGUUUCAACCCCAGUGAGAUGAGGGCUACAGAAUUUCUGAGCUUAUAUGGUAAUAAUCUGACUGGUGAGAUACCAGAUUGUUGGAAGACUUGGCCGAGCUUGUCGAGCAUAAGGCUGGGAGGAAAUAAGCUCAGUGGCAAGAUCCCAAAGUCCCUUGGAUAUGUAAGUUCCCUCAAAUCUUUGCGCCUUCAGAACAAUAGGCUGUCUGGUCAAAUUCCACCGUCCCUCCAAAACUGCUCCAGGUUAGUCAUAGUUGACUUGAGUGAUAAUGGAUUGGAGGGGAAGAUUCCGGAAUGGAUGGGACAAAGCCUUUCAAGAUUAUCCAUUCUUAGUUUACGCCGGAAUAAGUUCCAUGGCAGCAUACCUAAGGAGAUCUGUGGCCUGCAAUCUUUACAGAUCUUGGAUCUUUCUCACAACUCUCUCUCUGGGGCCUUGCCAGAAUGUGUUGCUAAUCUCAGUGCCAUGGCUACUCCAAAUAAUAAUACUUUAGGGGUCAUUGCAGUUUAUGGUGUUCGUGGGCAAUCAUUGUUGGAUACUCAGAUUCUUGUGAGAAAAGGGCAGUUGUUGGACUACAGCACCAUACUGAACUAUGUACGGAGUUUGGACCUCUCUUGGAAUGACUUGUCAGGACAGAUCCCCAACGAGAUCUCAAGCCUGGCAGCCCUUAAAUAUCUCAACUUUUCACAUAAUUCAUUCUCUGGUGCAAUUCCGAAGGAUCUAACCCCAAUGCUCUCUCUUGAAUCCAUGGAUCUAUCGAUGAACCAGCUGUCCGGAUCAAUCCCUUCAACCCUGGGAAGUCUCACAUUCUUGAAUUACUUGAACUUGUCGUACAACAACUUGGUUGGUAAAAUUCCUUCCAGCACUCAACUGCAGAGCUUUGAUUCAUGGAGCUUCAUUGGCAACCAAGAACUUUGUGGGCCUCCAUUGAAUGCGGACUGCAGCAAUUACAGCAAAGCGCCUGGUUUAAUGGACAGAGAAGAAAAUGACGGAGAGCACGCAUUAUAUUGGUUCUCUGGCAGCGUAGCUUUGGGUUUCGUGGGCGGUUUCUGGGGUGUGGUUGCCACUUUCGCAUUCAUCCAACUGUCAACAAACCCAGAGUCUGAGUUUAAGGAUCACACGGGUCAAACACUGUGGAUCUUGUUAGUGAGAUUGCUGAAGUAGGAGCGUUUUUAUGACCAGAAAGGGCAUUCCUAGGGAGGAACUUGUGCACACAGUGCCUAGAAUGUACAGAAAACAAUAUUUAUUUCAGGUUCUACUUUCCAUGGCUUAGUAUCAGCUUAAACAUCAGCGGCUGUUUCGAAUCCUGAUGAAACAGUAAUCCUCUUUGUUGCACUGUAGAAAUUCAAGCUUGAUUGUUCAGUUUGCACUUGUUGUUGACUUUUCCAAUUGUGACAUUGUUAUACUUCUUUUUUCCAUUGGUUUUGACUCUCUUUCUCCAUGCGAGUUGGUUCUGCAAAAAUUGUAUCUCAAAUGAGUUUAUUCUGAAUUCAUGAUGGGGAUCAUUACAUCCAUUCCUUGCUGAGAAUCACUGAUCCUGAUAUUGUUAUUUACUACAUUCUUUUGCAUUUGGUUUUAUCUCUCGACUGUUCUUCCUUCUCGUUCAAUUUCGACUUUAUCGCUUCUGGGAUAGCUUCUGUCUGUUGGAAGAAGACUAAACUGGGGACUGCCUUGGAGGUACCUCUCAUGUUGUGUCUGAUAAUCGCCUUCUCUGGUAAGUAAGAUUCCAUUAUUAAUUCCUCUGUUUCCUUUGAUUUUUCUCUUAUUAUGGUCUGCUGGUGCUAUGUUCUCAUUUCUCUGCAGCUAGAGUUUUAACUUAGUCAGGGAGGGAUACAUAUCUUCUAAUUGUUAUCGAGUAUGAAUGCCCUUUCGGAACUGUCGGAUGUCAACCUCAGAGUUAGCCUUGAUGAUCAUCCUGGAUAAUUGCCUAUUAACUGAGCAUCAUCAUCAUGAACAACCAGCCCUGAAGAGCAAGAAAAUCGGCAUGCACUAGUGUCAAAAUAACAUUCAAGAAGCCAUCCAGGAGGAGCAAUAGCAGGAGGGAGGGGAAGAGAAGAGGCAAAUUCUCGGACUUGGAAUGAAAACUAGGCAGUUAGGAUAUGGACAUCUGAUUGAGUAAACCAAAAAUCAUCUGGUUACGAGAUUUUAAGAUCAUCCAUAUUGAAACUCUCGAAUUGGGAGCGCCCAAAGCGCAGGAAGCGAUGCCACCAAAGGCUGAAAUUGACGCCACCAGCUGAACUUUUUUUUUAUAUAGGGAUGACAUCAAUUAUUAUAAGGGAGAAAUUAAAGUACAAGACAAAGUCUAGCUGCAAAUUAAGUUCCCAGGACUGG